AGGCUGACCGAGACUAUAUGGAACACAACGACUUUCGUGUCGUUACGUCGUCAUCGGUGUAUCGGAAAGGCUCGACGACGACGGCCGGCGCCGCCGCCGCUGGACCAAAAUCCAAUAAAUUAAGCUACACUCUUGGAGAGGUAUGCUCAACAAAUGUCACGCUGGACGUGAACGUCGGCACCGGCUGGACGAGAAUACGUCUGAAGGAGGUUCCCAAGUUCAUUGUGCACGCGUUCAACAUCAUUUCGAAGCACGGAAUGGACACUGACGGGAUUUUCCGCAAGGAAGGAAACUCUGUUCGGCUGAAUCGCGCCGAAGUACAGGCAAUCUACAAAGGGCAGAGCGACAUUCCUAACGACUACAGUGUUAUCGACGUUUGCACGAUGGUGAAGCGGUUUCUUCGCGAUCUGAAGCCACCGCUGCUCGAUUCAGAAGAGUGUCGAGCUCGACUUCUGAAGAAAGCGUGCCAAGCGAGAAUUUCGGAUAGUUUCCUGAUGACGCGAGACGAGAUGGCAGACAUUUUCUACUUGGAGGAUCGCACAAUCGAGCAACAGACACCGCUGCUCUCCGAUGUGCAUGCUUCAACGCUGGGAUAUGUGAUGAGACAGCUGUACAGAAUCGCCGCUCACAGUGACCAGCACAAGAUGUCGAUUGAAAAUUUGGCAAUCGUUCUCGUCGGAAGUGUCUUCGGUGACGGUAUUCACGAUCCGCGCAAAACUUCACAGAUCCGUCGUGGCUCGAAGGAGGAUAUUUUGGCGCAGAAGCGGCAGGAUAUGAGUGUGAACACGGCGGCGGUUAAAUUAUUGAUUACUAAUGCCAAUCUAAUUGGUGUCCGUCGUGAUCCGUACGUGACAAGUAACGCGAUGCUCCGAAGCUCGAGCGCGAUGCCACGUUGCAUGAGCAGUGGAUACGAGACGUCGUCGUCUGAUGCGGAUUGUCUAUCGUCGAAUAUCGCUCAAACAGCAGCAGCGGCGCUCCACCAGAGAGGAGAAGCUGGAGCCGGCGGCCCGUCGACGUCACUCGCCAUUCACCGCCGAGACUCGGAAGCUGUUCACAAAAUAGUGACUUCGCGGAAGAAGGGCGAGUUGCUGGAGUCGAAAAAAAAGCGGUCCGCAUCGUUUCUGCCGAGCUUCCGCGACCUUAAACAUCGCUUGUCGAACAUGAAGCGAGCCAAGAGCCCAAGUCCGGAGCGACUCAUGACUGGACACACUGCUGCUGCCAUCGAGCCGCCAUUGACAGCAGACACACUGGAUUUGUACACGGAUCAUCGGAAAAAGGUGGCGCGAAACGAGUCGAAUACCAUGUCGACUGGAUCAACGGCGUCUGGCAGACAAUCGAGAAGCCAUCAGAAUCGGCGAGGCAACACGAACGCCGCACCGAGAAGUGGUGGUAGCGGAAAGAAUACGAUUUCGAAAAUGUUUGAGCACGAGCAGCAGCAAGUUGUCCCCAGCAGUGGUGGAGCUCUUCGACGGCUGUCGGCUAACGAUCAGAAUACCGAUGCGAUGCGAUUUGCGAAACAACGGGUGUCCAAUGAGCAGAUGAGUGUUGCAGAAUUUCUCAUAUCCGAGCAUCAACGUGAGCGAGAAUGUAAAAUCCAGAAACGCAAUACAGUGAUAUUGGGCGAGAAGUCGAGGUCCUCUAAGCUCACAAACCGACGUCACACGGCUCCCAUCAACAACAAUAGGCUCCGCAGAAAUCGGCCGAACACUGUGGGCGCCGGCCUGCCACAUCGAAAAGAUGGCGGCUCAUCGCUGGAGGAGAAGGAGAAUCAGGCGGACUGCGAGGAGACGACUGAUGACACCCUGGAUGCAACGAACAAUGUGGAUCAUUCGGAGUGGCUGCUGGAGCAGAAGGCACUGGAAGCGAGGUCACGGCGAGCGGGAAGGAAGAACAAGGCCGCCACCACCACCACCACCGCGAUGAGAAAUAUCAGCACGGAAAGUAUGAUGGUGCUCAAUGGAUCGAUGAUGGCUGUGGAAUCGACGACGGAUGUGCUGAAAGCAGAUCCACUGGUGGCGAUGGAUGUGUUGAAAGAAGAGUCGUCGCCACACACGACGACGACGCCAAAAAACACGCCGAAAGUCGUGUUGAGAAAGGAUUUGAACGAUGUGAAGAGGAUGAAGCAAUUCUGUGACAUGGCAACGUCGCCAAUGGUGAUGGAUACGCCGACGAAACUUUCACACGAGAAUGGUCACGCGUGGGUUGGAACCAAACAGGUUAUAUCUGUGACGAGGACGCCUAGCCUGUCGCGACGGCAGAGCCGAGCUCGUCUCUCAUACUCGAAAGCCACAGAAUCUCCGCUCGACAUGCCAUCAUCCGACGUUCGGCGAGACUCGGGCUCCCUGAUGUCGCCGCUGUUGAAGCAUGUGACGAUAACGAACAACUCGCCGCCUUCGCAAGUGAUCACAUCGUCUCCUAGGUUGGGGGAUUCGUUUGAGCAGCAGCAAACCAAUCAUCUCACUCCAAAAUCACACACACUUUCUCCAUUGGCCGUCAAAAUUGAGCGAUCUACACCUCUGCCGCCGCCGCCGAUCCCUCCACACUCGCCACCCCAUCUUACUCCGCAAAGAACCUCGAAAGUCUCGUUGGAUGCUGUCAGCGAGAUGAAACGAAUCUCGAUAUCGGGCGGCCAUGCACGACGGCCUCCAACUCCUCCAUCACAUCCACGCGUGUCGAAUCCGUUCUCGCCGAAGCUGCCUAUUCGAUCUGUGACGAUCGACAAUGGAUUCGAGCUUCCUGCCACUGCUUCCACUGCUGCUGCUGCUGCUGGGGUACCAGAUGAGACACAGUUCAAGCUUCCGCAAUUGCCGAUGCCGCCGAAGAAAAAAGUGUCUCCGCUGCUUGCCCGGCAAGCCACUCACUCAUCAAAGUCGACGACGCUUUCGGUGCCGAAUCGAGCGAAUCUUCGAGAAACGAAGAGCAUCGAUGAAACUCCGACAGCAUUGAGAUCGGCACCACCAGCAGCUCAAGGAUCUUCGUCGAAUCAGCUGUCGCCAAGAUCAUCCACUGAUUACUUCGAGUUUGGAAAAUACACAAAUGCGUUGAGAUCGGCGACUGAUGAGUUUGCGCUGCCAACCAGGAAAACGUCAGUUGAAUCUCGUCCUUCAGUUGCAAUUCUACGGAGUAACAAUUGCGGUUUGGUACGAUCCAGAGUCAAUCAUUUCCAGGAAAUCGAACAUUCGCAACGCGUCGAAACAUCGAUGAGCGGUCGAUUGUCUGCAAUGUCACAAUCAUCACUCCGAAGCAGCAAUGAUACACACCAAUCAUCGUCGGAUCGUUUUUCGGAUGUCUCGGAUCUUCGGAAUGCCGCGUUCUCUGAAUCCACCUCGGACUCGGCGCUCAGCACUCCAACUGCCACUCCAACAACUUCACGGGUCUCGACGAACGAUGCUGCUGCUGCUGCUGCUGCUGCACAACAUUUCUAAAAAAAAAAUUGAAUUCUUGCGUGUUUUUUUUUCAUGAAUUAUGGGUCGCUACAUUUUUUCCCCCCUUCUAUUUUUGUCUCAAUUCUAUGAUCCUCAUCACCCUCCAUUUUCUCCGUGUCUCCCCAGACGUCUCAAGUACUUGAAAUCUCGCAUUUUUUGUUCCCCCUACCAUGUGUUAUAAGUCAGAUAUGCUGCGUCUUUUAGAUGUUUUUCAGUUUGGCAUUCUAACUAGACGAACUUCUGACUUUCAGUUCUGCCGGCAGGCAGCUGCCCAACAUAUUUCCAUUAGUAUUUGGGUUUUUCUGGUGCCAUCCCCGUCUCACAUCUCCAUAGAAUUAGAAUUGAAAUUAGAAUUCUCCCUCUCGUGCUUGCUGUGCUGCCUGAAUUUCGUUCCUUUUUUUGCAGCUGGCACGCGCAUUUUCUUGGGUUUUUUGAAAACGGCUUUGGCACCGGGAAAA